CUAAGCACAGCACCUGAGCAGUGACCGCUUACACAAUGGCCCCACUGAGCCAGAGCCACAACAUGCUGCCGCUAGUGUCGCUCGCUCUGGGCUUGUGUCAGUUCGUCGGCAUCUCAGCCUUUAACUUGGACACGGAUGGCGCACUGAGGAAAGACGGGGAGGCGGAGAGUCUGUUUGGUUUCUCUCUGGCCAUGCAUCACCAGAAACAAAUGGGGGACCGUAAAGUAUUGCUAGUAGGUGCUCCUCAUGCCAAAGCCUUGGGGAAGCAGAGGGCAAAUGUAACAGGAGGACUGUAUGGCUGUGGUUUCACAACUGAACCCAAUGACUGUCAACGCAUCCAGUUUGACACAACAGAAACUGCGGAGGACCACAAAGAGAACCAGUGGAUGGGAGUGAGAGUUCGGAGCCAGGGCCCUGGGGGAAAGGUUGUGGUGUGUGCCCACCGCUACCAGAGAGGGAAGUCGGAGGAGUCUCGGGUGAUGCCUGGCCGCUGCAUAGUCCUGGAGCAGGACCUGCAGGAGCAAGUAGAGGAGCGAGACCCGUUCUGUGCUGAGGGAGGCCGUCUGGCAAGGCCGGGGGGAAGGACCAAGGAAUUCUUUGGCUACUGCCAACAGGGAGUCUCUCCUGCCUUCACCAGUGACAAGAAGCACAUCCUAUAUGGAGCCCCAGGGGGCUACGACUGGAAGGGUAUCGUGCGUCUAGAGCCGAUAGACUGGGAUGUGGAUUAUCCUAAGUUACUGGAAACCGGGGAUGAGGGAGAGAACAACCCCAUGCUCAUUCCUGUCAACAUCAGCAGUUAUUUAGGAUUCUCCAUAGGCUCCAGCACCAGUCUGACCAAUAAAGGGGAGCUGAUCAUCGUGACUGGAGCCCCCAGAGCUGGACACAGUGGUGAGGUGCUACUGCUCCGGAGUGAAGAUGGAACAAAAGGUCUGGGUCUGGCACACCGUCUCACUGAGCCUGGGCUGGCCUCGUCCUUUGGCUAUGACCUCGCAGUGGUGGACCUCAACGCAGAUGGGUGGGAUGACCUGGUGGUGGGCGCUCCCCAGUACUUUAAAAAAGAUGGAGAUGUGGGAGGUGCCGUCUACGUCUACAUCAAUCGAGCCGGAGGCAGAGACUGGAACAAUCUUAAGCCUGUCCAUCUCCACGGAAAAAAGGACUCCAUGUUCGGGCUGGCAGUUCGAAGCAUCGGUGAUGUCAAUCAAGACAGAUUCCAAGAUAUUGCAAUAGGAGCACCGUAUGAGGGACCCGGACAUGUCUACAUUUACCAUGGCUCUGCGGAGGGCAUUCUAAAGAAACCCGCACAGAUAAUAAAAGGCGAAGGUGGUGUAAAGUUAUUUGGAUAUUCCUUAGCGGGGAACAUGGACGUAGAUGAGAAUGGAUAUCCAGAUGUAGCUGUGGGGACUCUCUCAGAUUCUGUAUUUGUUUACAGGGCAAAACCAGUCAUAAAUAUUGAGCAGACCUUGAUGAUAACCCCUGAUAAAAUCGAUGUAAAAAAUUACAAUUGUGAUCUGCGUCAAUGCUCAAUUACUGUCCAGUCCUGUUUUAGUUUCACCACACAUCCAGCCACCUACAAGCCAGACAUAAAUAUCCGCUACAUGCUGGAAAUAGACCGUCAGAGGAGGGAGUGGAAUCUGCCAUCUCGGGUCGCCUUCAAAGAUCCAUCCCAAGCAGAGGGCACUCUUAGGCUCCGGGGUCCAAAUAAGGAGUGUGUAAGCACAGAGCUCCGACUAAAGACGGACAUCCAGGACAAGGUGAGGGCGAUCCCCAUUAGUGUGUCUUCAUCCCUCCUGGGUGCCAUGUCCAGCCACCAGUCAGCACUCAGUUCACUGCCUGAGCUGAAACCUGUCACCUCACCACAGAACAAACGCACAGCUGAGUUCAAAUUUGUGAAUCUUGGAUGUGGGAACGACAACAUCUGUAGAAGUAACCUUGAUCUACAGUAUCAAUUUGUAUCCAGAAAUAAAGAUACAGACCUCUUCACGCCAUUGAGAAGUGAGAAUGGCACAGCAGUGAUUUCUGCCAGUGACAAAAAGAUUGAUCUGAAGAUAACGGUGACAAAUAAAGGAGGAGAGAACGCCUACGACACUCAGCUGGUUGCCACCAUCCCAGGCCCAAUCUUUUACAUGUCCUACUUUUCCAAGGAGAAAUCUGUGUACUGCACUGCUAAUGCCAAUGGCACCCUGGUGACAUGUCGCUUAGGAGACCCUUUACCCAGAGAUGGAGAGGUUGAUUUGUACAUUACACUGACUACAAUGAAUAUCACCUUGAGCACUUCAGAUGUCAAUGUUACCCUUCAACUGCAAACGACCAGUUCUCAGAAUAUAUCAGCAGUGGCCACCAGAGGCAGAAUCAUCUUUGAUCUUAACCUGCUGGUGUAUAGUCAUGUAAGCCCAUCCCAGGUGUCAGUAGAUGGAGGGAAGGCGAAAGUGGACAGUGAAAUGACAUCAGAGCAAGACAUUGGUAGUCUGGUCGAAUACAACUUUACGAUCAGCAAUCUGGGACUACCUCUGACAUCAUUAGCCACAGUGUCACUGGACAUCCAUUGGCCCAAACUAAAUAAAAAUGGGAAAUGGCUCCUGUAUUUGGUGCAGAUCGAGGGGAAAGAUGGUCAAAAAAUGUCCUGCUCUCCCACACAGGAAAUCAGUCCUCUCCAACACAUCAAGGCUCAAGGCACGUCCAGAGGCAAGCGACAGGCUGAGGAGUCGGAUCUGGAGGCCCUGAGCACUGACGGAAUAUUAUCCAUAUUUGGAAGAAAAAGGAAAUACAAAACAAUGGUUUGUGGUGGAGAAGCACAAUGCGUCACUAUAAAGUGUCCCCUACUUGGCCUGGAAGAUAAAGCAGUGGUCCAUCUCAGAUCUCGUUUGUGGAACAGCACAGUUCUUGAGGAGUAUGAGUCCUUGAACUACCUGGACAUUGUGUUCAAUGCCUCGCUCAGCAUCCAUUCAGCUCCAAAAAAUAUCGGCCUCAGGAGCCCCCCUACUCAGGUGAAGCUGACGGUGUUCCCUGAGCGGAAGUCGUUGCUGCACCGCAGGGUGCCCUGGUGGGUGAUCGUGUUAUCCCUCCUGCUGGCCCUGGUCCUAUUGGCUCUCCUGGGCUUCCUGCUGUGGAAGCGUGGCUGCUUCAGUCGUCCGAUGUGUGGCAGAAACAAGAGAGAAUAUCACGUUGUCUCAGAACAUCCCUCUAGAAAGCACUGAAUGCAUUACGACGGUCACCAUUGGCUUUACUUACAGCUUUACUUGAGCACAGGUUGUGUUCAAAUCGUAGCACCUUCUAGAUGUAUGGGAAUGGCCUUGUUACACACUGGGAGCUGGCUAGCAGUCCUGACCAGAGAGACAAAUCUGUGGUUCUACAGUACAAAGACUUCUGAGUUGAUACCUGUUUCAACAUUACAUACUUUUUCUAUGCAUUUUUUUGUAUUUUUUAAGUUUCCUGAUUGCUUUCCUACAAAAAAAAAAAAAAAACAUUUAUAGAUCAAACAAACAUUUUAUUCAUUGGUUUCACAUACACAACGUGUUCCUGACAGUUAGGAAUACGGAUUAAAAACAUUUACAUCACAGUGGAACAUUCAAACUAAAGGUCAUGUUGACUUGUGCCAUCACUGUACAAUUACCUAACAAUGGUAUCAAUGAUUGUAUCAUGGAGUUUACAAAUUGGUCAUUUUGAUUGGACCAAACUCUUUUCAACUUGUGCUUCCCUCAAAACGACAAUUGUGUAUGUGGUUUUUUUUUUAUUUAGUUAUCAUUUCUAAAGUGGUAUGGACAUUAUGGACUACGUCACAUAAAGAGUACCAGAACAAUCUACUGUACAUUGGUGUAGUCACCUUACUGUAUGAGUUUUGUUUUGUGGUAUUGUCAUAUGCAAUAGGCAGAAACAGCCCAGCUCAAGGAUUGAACAGUUGACUUAGUAUUACUACACCACCAAACUAAUGUAAUGACAGACAGACAGACAGACACACACGCACGCACACAUGCGCGUGCACACACACCAUCCAUAGCACACAAAUAAUGAAAUGCAAACAUUAGUAAAAAUAAGGUGUGUGCUUCAACAUUCAGAAGGCUUUUGUUUUUCUUCUCCCUUUGCUUCCAUUUGUUUCACAUCUAACUUGUUUAAUCCUUUCAUUCACACUUCACGUGUUCUGUUUGUACAUUUCCUCUCCUCCCACUCUCCCCCAAGGCCAAUACACAGUCCAUCUGUAUGUUUCCCUCUCUCUCUCCGUCUCCAUCUGUUUUGCCAUCACAAACAAACACGGUUUCUUUUUUCAUUUGUCUUUCAUCACUGGACUAUUUAUCAGUGGAACCCAUGCACUGUGCAUCCUUCCACAGGACUAAGGUCUUCUUUCCCAUUUUCUGUCAUUUCAUCAAGGUCAUCUUGCCUUUUUCACUCAGACAGAAAGCCCUACAGUCUUGACAAUGCUGCCAUUCAACACAAAAACCUUUCAUCAGACCAGCAGCGAUUCCAUUAAAAAAAAAGAAAAAACCUACAGUAUAUCAUUAAACUAAGAGUACCAAAAUGGACCUCGCUUCACUCCAAGUUAAAAAGGUAAAAGUAAAUCCAAUAAACUGGACUCCUCUAAAAAAAAAAGGCUACACAUUUAUGGAAUAACAAGUAAACUGAAUUCACACUCCUCUGGUUUCAACAUUCAGCAGUUACAUCUGCAAAUUUAACAUUCAUAAGUACUUUAAAAUAAAUAAUAAAUAAAUACAUAAAUAAAGGCAUACACUAAACAUGUAGCCUAGACCCAAACAUUAGAAACCCUUACAAAUCUAUCACAAUAAGACACCAAUAAGAAUACCUGUGCCAUGCUGGCGAACAAUGCCAGGAUUUCAUGGAUGCUUACUUCCAAGGAGACUUUGUGCACAUCCCAGGUGCUGAACAAAAAAAGGUCAAGGAUUUCAUGGAUGCCCUCAGCACUGCUCAGGGCCACUGUGUGCACAGGGGAGAAUCACAUAUCUAAAUUCCCAUCACCAGUCUGAAAAAUAGACAUGGGAUGCACUUGUCAUUGUUAAAAAAUGUUUUGUUCUAUGUGUAUGGUCUCCUGAAUUUCACACACUCUUAGUUUCCUAAUGGUGAACAUGGCAUUUUGUAAUUUACAGAGUCUGACUGUUUUUGUGUUUUGUUUUGAUAUAUGAAAAACUGCUCAUUGUGAGUGAUGCACAACACAUCAUUUGUAACGUCAGUACUCUCAUUGAUUUAUGAGAAAGGUGCUUGGUUUAGAUCAGGUAGAAAGGACAACCCCGACCCAUUGAUUCAACUAAAGAGAUUGUUACAUUAAAAAGAUGCUAUGUAGCUCAGUGAUUUACAAACUGCAUAGAGUUCAAAAGUAAGACUAACAUGAUGCGGUUGGACUGCUAAUUCUGAGUUUGCUAAUUCUCAAUGAUGGUUCAAUAAUUGUUAUUUAAAAAUGAUUAACGCUUACCUUGCUGAUAAUAUGUAAACUGUCUCCAUUUUGUUUGUGGAGUGUGUGUACGUGGAUAUUUACACAAACUGAAAUCCUGACUUUUUUAUGAAUAAUGACUAGGAGAGAUACUGCUUGAGAGUUUUCAUAUUUGAAAUGAUUAAACCAUUAGCUGCCCAAGUUUACAGUCACCUCUGAUGUUAGUGGGAUUAUUUAACCUCGACCUUCACCUCAUUUGUGCUAUUGUUGUAUCUUAAUAAUAUUAGGGUGAUAUUUCUGAUUGGGAAUUUUUGCAAUACCUAUUAAAAAAUCAGCUGGUGGUUCACUGAGA